ACCUGAGAAGUGGGGAAUUUUGUGUGUGUUGUUUUCGAAGAUUUUUCGGUAUUAAAUUGCGAAUUUUCGUUUCAGUGUCUCCAUGCAUCAUGCAGGGAUCCAAUACGGACAAGAGCACAUGUCCGCAAAUCACAUGUCGGCGCAGCAGCAGCAGCAGCAACAACAACAGAUUCACCAGCAUCAGCAACUGCAGCAGGGUCAACAGCUGCAGCAGCAAUUUAAUGGAUCGGAUUUAUCAGUGCAGCCUGGUGUUUCGACGACGACGUCGCUUAGGCAGUGGAGGAAGAAGGAGGCUGUCAUCGAGAAGCCGUUACCAACGGAUGCGAACAGCAAAGAACCUAUAGCCAGAGUCGCACCGCACGCCCACUAUCCCAGACCGAGCGAGCUGUAUCCGUACCCAUCUCAUUAUCCAGAAUAUGGAAUGCAGUACAAAGACAUGGCUUCGACGCCUGUGAAGUACUCGGAGAUCGUAGAGCCCGCCGCCCACCACUUAACCCAUCAAGUGAUUCAGAAGCCCAAGGAAAAGGAAUUCCUGGAGAUGUGCAGCAUGCAGCAAACGCAAAUGAAACAUUCCUAUCCGAUGAUGCCUCAAUACGUCCACAAAGAAUCUCAAAUGCACUACAUUCCCAAAGAGCCGACCUUCCCGUCGCCCUACCACAUGCAGAACUACAAGAUGCAGACCAACCAGUACCAAAGGCAAUACACCAACGAGUUCCAAUUGGCUCUAUUCAACGAGCGCCACCUGCAAGAGCCGCAGCUCUACCAACAAAACAUGGACCAAAGAAUGUACCAAAACCAGAGGAUGUACCGUGUGCCGAACUACAGGCCUCAAGCCCUAAAUCCCACCUACCAAUCGUUCAACUACAAACCGAACGUGCAGAAUCCCGACUCUUACCGCAUGCAUCCGUACCAACAGAACAUGCAGAACUACAAGAUACCCACAGGGCUUGAUCCGAUUGCAAGGAACAUAUCUCCGAGACGCGUCUAUCCGGACAACAUGAACUACCGUCAGAGUCCCAACAACUAUAACUGCAAUCAACUCGAGUACGCGCAACACUACCAAAACCGUCGCAUCGUCCCGGAUUACACGACGAGCAAGUAUCCACAAAUGCCUGACAUAGUUCCCGAAUCCAACGCGAAAUCCUCCCUGAAACAAUACCUGGAGAACUGGAACGACGACAUCCCCGACAUCCAAGAGUCAGACGAUAAACGCCUGAAAGACAACAGCUUAUACAUUCUGGAUUCCACUGAAAUUCCCACAGAAAACAUCCAGCAAUUCAUCCAUCUGCACGUCGACAAACUCCCGGAGAACAUCAAGGGUUACAUCAGCAGCAACGUGAUAAAACCAUCGCCGGAUCCUCUGAAUUUAACCCAAGAAACUGUCAUCCAGGACUCGAGAAACUCCAGUCCCCAAAUCUCAGUGAUUUCAGAAACCAAAAAAUCCGAGCAAAACACAGUCAUCGUCUACAACAACGACAAUAAACCCGAAGCGACGGUCAUCAAAUCUCAAAAGCAGAAACUCGAAAGCACCGAGGACAUCCUCAACGAGGAUCUGCUUAGCGAAGGGCUCAAUUUGAAAAGUAAAGAGAGUUUGGAGAUGCUCGACAAAGCGCUCGAAUUUGAUGACAGCCAAUCCGACGAGCUCAAAAGUCUCGAGGAUGAAAUCAUCGAGCAUUACAACAACAGCGUCGGCUCCACAAACGAGGAAGAAUUGAAAAACGCUCAAGAAAUCAUCGGCGAUGAAUUGAUGGACAAAGCUGUGAAAACCACACAAGAUAAUCCAAAAUCUGAGAAUCAAUCAGAAAUAAUUGAAGAAAAACCCAAAGAGGAAGAUAAACCAAUCAAAAGCGAAACGACGGAUAUAAUCGAUGACCUUUCAAUUCAAUCGGAAUUGGAACCAAAGCUUGAGGAAUCCACGAUCAAAGAAGAAACUUCUAACAUAAUCCCUGAAUAUAAGCAAGAAACUGUUCCAAUCAAUGAAGAAAAAAGGGACCCCCAAUUCGAUACCAAAUCAAUACAAACUGAAGAAAAGGAGGAACAAAUUACGGCGCCGAUAUCUCUCGAAAGUAAGCUUAUUCAAACUGAGAGCAACGGCGAGAAAAUUAUUAAAGACGGUGCGAAGAUCAUGAAGAACAUCGCGAUGCAAACCGAUACGGAGAAGCAAUUGAAGCCGAACUCUGAGCCGUCCAUGCAAUACCUCAAUUUGAUCACUAAUGAUAAUCAUCUGCUCGUCCAAAUCGCAGGUGAAAUAUUGGAAAUUAAAGUUUUGAAUUCGGUGGGAAAAAAGUUUAUUUCCGUCGUUUCGUUUACGGAUUGCAAUAUCAUCGCGGAAAACAACAACAAUAACAGUUUGGAGAAGUCGAAAAGCUACGAGUUGCUUCCAGCCGAAGAUUUGAAUUUGGAGACUUCGGUCAUCAACGAGAUUGAAAUCAGUGGGGAGGAGACGGAAGUACUGGAUGUUAAAAUAAAGAAGGAUGAAUUACAGGAAUGUCCGAAACUUGAGGUGAAGGAAGAAAAAGCGAAGAUUGAAGAGAAAAGUGAAGUUUCUGAAGUUAAAUGUGAAAAAGUCAAUCAGGAAGUUGAAGUGCCAUUAGUGGAUGAAAUAUUUGAAGAAGCCAAUGGCGAUGUUAAUUUAGUAUCAGAAGAAAUUACUUUGAAAGAUUUUGAGUCAAAUGAAGAAAUUGAAACAGUAUCGAAAGAUGCAGAAACUGUGACGGAAGAUGUAGUAAAUAUUGAAAAACUUGAAUCAAAUGAUUUAAGUGAAAAGGAUCCAAUUCUAAAUGAUUUAAGCAUCUCACAAAGUACUGAUAAUGUUAAAAAGGUUAUCUGUAUGGAGAUUGAGAAGAGUAAAGAUUUUGUUUUAAAAGAGCUUGAAUCUAGUUCAAUUGUUAAAGAGAUUGUUCAAGAACUGCAAGAUAAUGUCGUUUCUUCUAAGAUCGAAACUAAAGAAUUAACGGAUAAAGAAACGAAAAAACGUUCCUUGGAAAGUUCACCUACUGAAAAAGUGCAUAAGAAAAGGAAAUUAAGCAGCAGCUGUAGCAGUAAAGAGCCAAAGAAGAUAUCGAAAAUGGAAGAACGUAAAUCGACGGAGAAUAAAGUUAAAUACAAGAUUCCGAAGAAACGGUCUUUCUCUGAUAGCGUGGACGUUAAAAAUGAUUCGAUAUCGAAACCGUUGGAAGCGAAAUUCUUCAGCUCAAAACACAAUUUCAGCAUAAUUCCGAAACGGGAUAGUCCAGUGAUCAAGUCUCCAAUACCGCUUAACAAAAAGUUAACUUACUUGGCUGAACCAACGUCUAUUCAAAAAUCGCCAACAAAGGAAACACCUGUAAAAGAAAUAAUACCUGUAAAGGAACCGAUCAAGGUGAAGACCAAAGCUGAACUGAAAGAAACGUCGCCUGUGAAACCUGUAUUGAAAAUUACUAGUAAGCAACCGGACUCCGGUAAGAAAAGAUUAAGUCUAGAAGAGUAUAAGCGAAAAAGAACGUUGUCGGAUAGUGAGGAUCUUAAAAAAUCUGCAACCACUGCGAUACCGAAAACAUUUACACCAAUUGUUAAGGAGACGAAGGAAUUGGGUAAAAGUCUGUAUGGAGAUAUAAAAACGGACUUUGAAGACACUCUGAACAGAAUACUGGAUUCGAAGAUACGCGAAGAAGGACUGGACAGCGUUAAACCCAAUUUCGUGUGCGAUAGCGCAGCGUCAAAGCAAAAUAACACGGUUCAAGAACCAAUGACCAUAACACCAGCUGAUAACAAUAAUAAGUUCGUUAGCAAUACGAAAACAAACUGCAGAUUACCAGAAGUUGUUGUACCGAAGGAUAAGUGCGAUGUUGUAAACAACUUCGAUGUAAUAAAACCGAAAAUAAAUGAGCAGAAUGAGUUGAUUCAAUCGACGGAUAGUAAGAUGGAUGAAUUGGCCAAGAAGAUCGACGAUAUUUUCAGUCAAACUUUCGGAAAGAAUCGGCAGAGCCGGACGGUUUACAAGAAGCUCAACUUGAAUCUGGAUACUUUGAAUCCGUUUGGACCAAACAAGGUGCGUGAAAUCAUCAAUUUGGAUGAAAUCUCCGAGGAUCUGAAGAGGAAUCAGACACGUACAAAUCAAAUAACGAGUGAACGCGCACCGCAGAAGAUCGACAAGGAUCUUUUCAGUUUGGAAGAUAGCAGAUUGGAGAGUGUUGAGAAUCGCAACGCGAUAACCGAGAAGCCUUUACCUAGUGCCUUGACAACUUUCGAAGAGAGUCGAAAUAAAAUAAUGAAGUUGGAGGAGCGAAUGCUCAGGAAAACGGUCAUCUGCCAAUUCGACGAAACUAAAAGUGAACAAGUCCAAUCGACGAAUGAGCUGAUCAAAGAUUUGGAAUCAACCAUAGCUGAAAUCGACGAAUCUAAAGUGACGGUGGAUUCCAUUGAGACUCCCGAGGAGGCAAAGAAUAGUGAAGUUGAGAUUCCAAAAGCGCCGGAACGUUGCGAAUCCGACAUCAUAGAAUCUGUGAUCGAUUUAGUUGAAGUUUCCGAGAGUGUGAAAAGCGACAUUUUAGAUUUAAAAUUAGACGAUUUUAGUGCAAUAACGAAUGAUGGUUUUGUUGUGGAAGAAGUUGAAGUUCCUGUGUUGCGCGACGAAGUAGAAAUGGAAGUUGUGAAGAAGGAUGAGGCGCUUUCGAGUCCUGUAAAUUGCUCAAUACCCACGUGCGAAGUGGACUUCCCGACGCUGGAGAUGAUCAUGUGUAAAAUACCGCAGACGGAAGAGGAAAUGCCGGUGCUCAGUCCGCAGAUCCAGAAGCACUCGAGAUCUCUAUCAAUAAACGACAUAUCAAAGAAGCUGAUGGAUAUGUGUACGAAGGACAUGUACGCGAAAGAAAUCUGCAUGAAGGAUAAACCCACGUACAUCCGGUACGACUCUGAAGAUUUGAAGUUGUACCUGAAGAAGAUCCCCACCGUCAGCACCGAAGUCCAGAAGCAGAGGAGGCAGCGUCGCAAGAAACGCUUCAGGAAUCUUCACUCAGCAGAAUCCGAGCCGGAGGACAGCGCUUCUAUAGUCAAGGACUACUCCGUCUUCGAGAGCAAGAACCAGAAGGGACUGCCCAAGCUCAUCAUCAAGAGGAACGUCAGCGAGUGUCGAGACAACAAUCUGCAACCCGUGGUCCGGCUGGAAAGGAAUCCGAUCCUCGAUCACCUCGCAAAGCGGAAAAGGAAACAUUCUUAAGUGAUAUUAUUUAGAGAGAAAGAAAGAGUAAUUUAAUCAAGAGAGAGAGAAUAUAUUACAUAUAUUAUAUCAGAUUCGAAGAGAGAAAUACGUAUAUUUUUCUAUAUGCAAAGGCCACUUUAUUUAAAACAAACAAAGCCAAAGAAAAAAAAGAAACUAAUAGUUUGUUGAAUCGGUACAAAUUGUUAUAGACAGCGAGUCAAAGAGUUUAUACUAUAAGAGAACCUGUUGCAAUCGCGUGUUAAGUUUUUACAUACGUUUCUUUAUUCCUCCCAAUUAAAAUUUAAUGAACAUUACGUAAAUCUAAUUCAAUGUAAAUACAUAUAGGCGAUGAUAUUUUGAGAGUGACGCAAGUUGUUUUUUCUUUUGUUCUUCAGUUUU